AAAAUAAAAAUAAAAAAUUGAGCAGAGCCCUUGUUGUUUUUGAUUCGAUUUUGUAUUGAGAUGGAGAGCAAGAGCAAUGGCGGAGAUAGGUGCCCCUCCGACUCGGCGGCGGCGGACAGUAGUUGCGAGAGCGGACUCAGUUCCGACAAGUCCUCCUCUUGUUCUUCGGUUUCUUCUGUCGGAAAGGGUUUCGACACUUUGCCGACUUCUGAGAUGUGUAAUAAUAAUGGUAAUAAUAAUACUAAAAUUAAAAGUAAUGACGAUUCAAAGCAGGUUUCGCAAGUCUCAUCAGAGCUGGAAAUGAUGAAGGAGAGGUUUUCGAAAUUGUUGCUGGGCGAAGACAUGUCGGGAAGUGGCGAAGGAGUCUGUCCAGCCCUGGCCAUUUCCAACGCCAUUACCAAUCUCUUCGCCACCGUGUUCGGCCAGGUAUGGCGGCUUGAGCCCAUUCCGCCGGAGAAGAAGGCCAUGUGGCGGCGGGAGAUGGAUUGGCUUCUCAGCCCCAGUUAUCACAUUGUCCAGCUCACCCCUUCCUGGCAGACAUUGCCCGACGGAACUAAACUCGAGGUGAUGGCGUCGCAUCCGAGAUCCGAUCUAGUUAUAAAUCUCCCAGCUCUGCGAAAGCUCGACGACAUGUUGCUAGAAAUCCUCGACGGAUUUUCUAGUACCGAGUUUUGGUAUGUCGAUCAAGGCGUAAAAGCACCUGAAACCGACCCUUCGAUUCCAGCCGCCACGUGGAAACACGCGAUCCCGAGGCAGGACGACAAGUGGUGGCUGCCGGUUCCACGUGUCCCUCCCGACGGCCUUUCCGAGGAGACACGUAAGAAUUUGAUCAGCAGGCGCGACUGCAUCAAUCAGAUACUUAAAGCCGCGGUAUCCAUCAACAGCAUUGCUCUGGCCGAUAUUGAAGUUCCGAAUUCGUACCUCGAAAGUCUUCCAAAGAACGGUCGAGGUUGUCUUGGAGAUGUAAUGUACCGCUACAUCACUUCCGAACACUUCUCAGCCGACUGUCUCCUCGACUGCCUCGACUUGUCCUCAGAGCACAUUGCGCUCGAGAUGGCGAACCGCGUGGAGGCUGCGACGCACAUCUGGCGCGCAAGGCAGCAUCCAAAACCGCCAGCUCAUCCAAACCUUUCCGCGGCCAAAUCGUCGUGGAGGAUCGUUAGGGAUCAUUCGGGGCUUGCGGAAAGAGCCGAGAGUCUAUUGUAUAGCUUGAAGCAGCGAUUUCCGGGGCUCACUCAAACCACUUUAGACGCAACCAAAAUCCAAUGCAACAAGGACGUAGGGAAGUCGAUCUUGGAGAGCUAUUCUCGGGUUCUAGAAAGUUUGGCAUUUAACGUCGUGGCACGCAUCGAGGAUGUGCUCUACGUAGACGGCAUAACUAAAAACUCGGACAAGGACUCGUCGUCGACGGUCCCGCCGGCAAUGGCAAUGGGCUUGGUUCCUUGUAAGAAGGGCACAUUGCCAUUCUCGGUGCCCGCCUCGGGCACUCCCUACCGGUCAGCCUCGAGCACACCGACGCCGUCGUUUUCUCCGGCGAAAGGCGGGGAGCAAACCCCGUUUCUUAGCAGGACCGGCGGGGGGAACAAGCCCCCGCGGCGAGGGAUGGGGGUGAAGAGGGCACUGACAAAUUAUCUAGGCGGCGGCGGCGGCGGGGGUGGCGGAGGAGAGUCGAGGGUUGGGUGUGGGAACAUUCUAGAAGGGCUGGGGUCGAUUUCGAGCAGGAUCGCGGAAGGGGCGGUGUCCCGACUCAGCAUGGAACAGCAACAACAACAUUCAAAUUCUAGAUCAUCACAACAAAAGGACAAGGACUCGCCAUUAUUAUAGAUAGAUUAUAUAUAUAUAUAUAUAUAUAUAUAGAUAGUUUUUAACUGAUUCAGACAUCGUCACAUCGUCCAUAUAUAUUGUCCUUCUUAACUAGGAAUGAAUGAAUGCAUCAUCAAUCAAAUCAUAUUUAUAUUUUCAUUUUAUAUGAAGAUGAUGAUUGAUAGUCAAGGAAGCAAUGCCUGCUGCUGCUGCUGCUGCUGCUGCUGAUUGUCGA